CCCCCGCUCCCCGUUGCCUGCCCGCACGCCGUUGGCGCCAGCGCAGGUCGAGGCGAGCGCAGCCCCACUUUCUCGUUUGACGGGAGGAGUCCGAGGCCAGGGGCUUGAGGUCCGCGUGGGAUCACGUGGGUUCUCGUCCCCGCUGGUCGGGGUACGAGUAGGGAGCUGGUCUCGCCUAACACAUGUGGCUGGCACGCUUGUGCGUCUUUAUUCGCUCGCCAAGUGGACACUUCAGAAGGCGAUGGCGUCAGGCGCGGAAGGCCCCGGCGCGUCCGCCGGCUACGUGAAGGAGUUCACGCGCCACUGCAGCGACGUGCUGCUCAACCUCAACGAGCUACGGCACCGCGGCAUCUUGACGGACGCCACCCUGGCGGUGGGCGACGCGCGUCUACGGGCUCACUCGGCCGUGCUGGUGGCCUGCAGCGGGUUCUUCUAUUCGCUUUCCACGCGGGCCGAGCAGCACAUGAGCGUGUCCCUGCCGGGCCACCUGGAGCCCGGCAGCGUCUCCCUCCUGCUCGACUUCAUGUACACGUCCCGCCUCCCCCUGACACCCGCCAGCGCCCCCGGCGUGCUUGCCGUGGCCGCUUACCUGCAGAUGGACCACGUGGCCGACACCUGCCGGGACUUCAUGCGGCUGCACUGCAGGGAAAAGACGAUCAGCAGACACCCCCGACUGGAGCUGGACCCCAGGGUGUCUGCGGCUUCCGUGGGCCCCAAAGGUGGAGUGCUUCCAAAUCCUGGCCCCCAAGCGGCGUGCCGAGUCGGGGUGCCGGCCGAGCCCGUGGGCCCGCUCGCGCCUCCGCGGAAGCCCGCUUCAGAGGAGCUAAAGAAGGAGCCUGACUCGCCGCCUCCGUCUCCCGGCAGCCCGGCCCGCUGCGGCUGCCAGCCCAGCUCCCCCGCCGAGUCCAAAACCUGCAACAACACUCCUGCGAGUUGUAACAAGCGGGACGGUCUGGAUGUGUUGGCGGCUCAGCACGACGGUAAAGCCACACUGGACCCAAAGUCGCGCAACUGGAAAAAGUACAAGUACAUCAUCCUCAACCCUCUGUGCGUUGGGAGCUCGGCGAAGGAGGAGCCACGGCGGCGAGUGGCGGGCGCGGCGCAGGCGUGGCCCGGAGAAGUGCCCGGUCAGAUUGAUAGACAGGGGCAGGCCUCCUGCUACGAGGGUUCUGGCCGAGCCCCUCCCCUCGGGCCACCCGCCUGCGCGCAGGAGGGAGCGGCGAAUGGACCUGCCAAUCAUCACCACCAUCAGGCCACCAAUCGAGAGUGCUACGCGCCUCACCUGGGCAACACCAGAGGAGGCAAAACCAUGCUCUCAGACGGCAAGCCGUACCGCUGCAACGUGUGCGGCGCCCAGUUCAACCGGCCGGCCAACCUCAAGACGCACGCUCGCAUCCACUCGGGCGAGAAGCCGUACCGCUGCGACACCUGCGGCGCCCGAUUCGUUCAGGUCGCUCACCUCCGAGCCCACAUCCUGAUCCACACGGGCGAGAAGCCGUACCCGUGUCACAUUUGCGGCACCCGCUUUCGCCACCUGCAGACCCUCAAGAGCCACCUGCGCAUCCACACCGGGGAGAAGCCGUACUCGUGCGAAAAGUGCGAGCUCCGCUUCCGCCACAAGAGCCAGCUGCGACUUCACCUGCGCCAGAAGCACGGCGCCGUGACCAACACCAAGGUCCGCUACAAGGUCCUGACCGAGCCCUACCCGCCGGUUCUGCAGGCCUGCUAAAAAAAAACA